GAUGUGUGGUUUGUGGUCAUGCAGUAUAGCUGCUUGUACUUAACAGAGUGAUAACAUGCUUACAUGAGUUGCUCAAGGUUUCAGUUUGAGACAAAAGGAUAUAUGACACUUAUUACAGAAGGAGAUAAAGCUCAAGACUCUGCGUACUAUGGCAGGUAGGGUCACACGUUGGACAAUUGCGGAUGUCUGAGCUAUUUUAUAUCAGGACCUGUCUGCAUACCGGAUGCCAUGAAGACUGUAGGACUUUUGGUGUUUCUUGUUGCUGUGUUUGCUGAUAAAGGUGCAACUUGCAGUGUCUCGAGACCACAAUGUUACAAAAGUACCACUAAGCCUGAUGAUGAUUUCUUGUGUGAAUGGGGAGACCGAGACCAUUCUCCAGAUGCUAUUUAUACCAUUGUUCUGCAGACUUCAUCUGUUAAUGAUUCCUUAUAUGCUAGCCAAUUCGUUGCUGAGAAUCAGAUGUACAAAUUCUUAACUGUAGAAUCUCUAACUACAACACAACUUUUGGAUAUAUGGGUGCACAGGCAAGUAUUCAACGUGACCUGCAGCUCCCCAACCAUCUCUGUGCUCCUACGUAAUUCAGUUAAAUAUAGUUCACCCGACAUACAGAAAAAGAUCAGAUCUGCUGAAAAGCUCAUAUUAAGCUGGCCAAGAGUGAAUGACAACAAAGGUGCUAUUCAUGAGAUCAGAUGGAAGAAGCUUAAUGAUUCAUGGCAGAAUGAAACCUUUCAGACUGAGGAUAGCAAAGAGACUGAGCACGGUAUUUGGGAUUCCUACACAUUGCAGCUACAGGAGCACGCAGUGUACCAGGUCCAAAUUCGACGCAAGGCCAAGCAAAGCCUCCUCUGGAGUGACUGGAGCCAGACCGCUGACAUUCCCAUUGAAAUUCAACAGCCUGUUGUCCGCUGGAGAGAGAAAAAGUAUGCAGAAAAUGGAACACGGGAAAUUAAACUCAAAUGGAAUAAACCACCUCCUGAAGCCUCUUUUGGAGGCGUCUCAUACACCCUCACUGUGAAUUUUACUUGCGAAAAGACGUUAAGGAAAACAAUCAAGGAUAACACUUUCAAAAUUGCGGCUACUUAUUCUGAAGCCAGGGUAUCUAUUGUUGCUAUAAACAGCGUAGGAAGCUCCGCCACUCAGGAGAUCGUCAUUCCACCUGUUCAACAUCUUAAAUAUUGCCACAAAGAAUCCCACAUAGAUUCACUACCAAGACGCUACUGCUUGGAGUGGUAUAAGCUCGUCGAUGGUGAGACCCGACCGGCAGAAGUAAACAUCUCAUGGUCUAAUACACUUGAGGACAUUAAAAAAGGUAUGGAGAAAUUUGUGCGUUAUUACUACUUUCUUCACACUGGACGAAAACAAACACGACGCACAAAAAUCACAUGUCCUGUUUACUCUACAGAAGGUGCACCUACUUCACAGCCAAAAAACGUCACGGUUUUAAAUAUCACACACGAGUCAGCUGUGCUGUGGUGGCGACCGAUUCCAGUGCAGGAACAGCAUGGGUUCCUGAUGCAUUACUUAAUAUGGAUUUCAAGAGAAGGCCACACAGAUACAGACCACCAUCAAGUGCCAGCAAAUGAAACCAGUUUCCUUCUCAGGAACCUUGACGCAGCCUCCUCUUACACCCUAAAUAUCGCUGGGAGAACCAUAGUCGGAGCAGGACCUAAUUCCACCAGGACCUUCUUCACGCUCAGCUCCCCUUCAACUGACAAUGGGUUGAAGAUGAUAAUCUUAAUCGUGUGUGCAGUUGUGCUUCUAUUUUCCAUUGCAGUGUCUAUUGCUAUCAGAAGGCUGAGGAGUAAGCUGUUACCAAUGAUCCCAAGCCCUGUGAUCUCUUUAGUAGCUAUGCCUCAUAUGGACAACCAGAAUUUGAAGACCUUGACAGAGGAGGUGGACAAUGUCAUUCUCUUGUGCCGUGGUGAUCAGGAUAAACACAGCCGCUCUCCCAAACAGAAACACGGCAUUUCACUACAUUAUUAUGAGGUCAGUGUGGAUGAAGACAAGGAAGAUGAAGGCGAAGAGGAUGAUGAUGAAACUGAUUUUACCGGCUUCAUCUCUAGCGACAAACCAAGUGCCUUUCCCAACCCUAAUUAUAAAGGACAGUUGCUUCAGUUUCCUGAGUCCCUGGAGAUUGCAGACAAAGGGCAGAUGGAAAGCUGUGAGGUCAGCACACCCUCAUACAAAAACGGCCUGUUUUUUGAAAAUAGAGGUUUGGACAAUGAGGGGAUAUCGGUGCAAUUAUAACACAUAUUUUACUACUGGAAGCAUUAUUGCAGCACUAUGAUCUGCCCCUGGUAAAGACACCACUGUGUGAUACUAAACGGCAGACAGCUUUGUUUACUGUACAGAAUCUCUCAGAAAUGCUCUGACAGCAGCUGGACAACAAUGCAGAUACGCACUCUGUGUAUGUGUGUGUGUGUGUGUGUGUGUGUGUGUGUGUGUGUGUGUGUGUGUGUGCAUGUAUCUCAGAGUACUCUCUUUUGCGGGCGGUGAUGCAUGACCUGCAUCGCUCAUAGUUUUGUGGAUCCUGUCUCACUUGUAAUUUGCUUUGGAUAAAAACACCAUCCAAAUCGAUAAAUGUAAAUGUAUGAGAGAACUUGCAUUUGCAAGUAAAAACAUAUCAAAGGUCUAUAUGUUGGAAACUAUACGAACCAUUCUAAGACAUGAUGCAAUUCAAGUACUGAGUUACCAAGGAAUUUGAAAAAUCAACACAAAUCAAACAAACAAACAAACAAAAGGUUUUAUUAGAUGUCUUUAGAUUUUUUUUUUUUCUUUUUUCGACUUUGUCGUGUAAGAUGUGAUGCUGGAAAUAACCGGGUUCUGAGAAACAUUCUGACAGCUUCUCAACAAAAAGUUCAGUUGGUGGUGAUUACUCACUCUAACACCCGGUUGUGGUCACAGGUCUGUGUUUACUGUUCAGUCUGUGAGUAAAAUGGCUAAGCUUCAAAGGCAAAAAAAAAAACAUCAAGUGCAUGAAAUUACAUUUGAAUGCGGGAAAAAAACAGACACUGAACUAUACAACAAAAAAAUAUCUAUCUCUGGAAAGUGCAUGUGAACUGUUACUAAAUAUAGUAGGUUACUGUGCAGAAAAACACAUCUGAUCUCCCCACAGAUCAGAUAACAUUCAAAAGGAAAUGAAUGAACUGAUCUGAUUUGAUGUUGGAUGUAGUGGUUUAACCAUAGUUUCAUUGUUAAAUGUGUCAGGACCCAAUAAAUAAACAUGUGUGUGAUGCGUUCAUUGUUACCUUCUGUAUUCCACGGCGCUGUUGAAUCAUCGAAUCUGAUUGGUCAGAAGUAUCAGUUGCAAGGUUUAUACUAAUGAACUCAUUGUAAUAUGUUAUUGUUUGUAUAAUAACAGCUCAUUCACAGGGACUUGUACAGCAGAGGUUGCACCUGAUGUAACCUUUUAAAUUGCACCUAUUAUAGUUUUUCAUAUAUUACCUUUCAUGUAGUGUGUUAUAGAGCUGUUUGUGAAUAUAAAAUGUCUGCAAAGUUUCAAAAAACAAAGCGCACGAGCAACUGAGUUAUCGACUUCCGAAAGAAGGAAGCGAUUCUGAACAGCUGAAACGAGUCGUUGGUGAUUCCAGACUUUACUUCCUGUACUAACCUACGUAGGUUUGUAAAAAAAAAAAGCCCCACCUCUGGUCUUCAUCAGCUGCUUGCUGACAGCGGUAGACCAAUCACAACAGACUGUGACAUCUGACCAAUCAGGGGUUUGACCUUGGAGGCAUGUAAGUCUAUUGUAUGAGACCUUUAAAAUAAAAUUAGGCGUGUUUCAAAACCAUAAUAGGUGCACUUUAAAUCUGAUUCACUCUGUAAGGACGUUUUUCACUAAAGUGUGACUUUCUGUACUUACAGGCCUUUUUUUUUUAGCACGUACCAUAUAUAUUCAUAUUUUUUUGAAUUCUCACCAGUGGUUUAUUUUACUAUCUCUAGCAGAACCUUACAAUCUGGGCAUUUAACUUCCUAAUUUCCUAAAGAAGAAGAACAUCCUCUCCCCUGAAGACUCUCCUGUGUCGGAAAACAUAAAGGAACAGUUUUAACAGUAAAAGUUUCAACUUCACCAUAUCAACAACUGCACAUUU